CUUUCUGACACUAAUACAUUUUUCAGGGUGUCAUUUUUAGUGCCUAGAGGAAGGAAAAAAAGGCCUUAACAAUGGCUUCCGGGGGAGGUCCAGAGUGGAAGGAAUGGAUUCCCCUGACUCCACUCCUAGACCAACUCCCGCAGCAGUUCCAGCGGGGGUUGGCAACGUCAGACCUUCAGCUCACUUGCUUGGCCUCCUUGCCACAGCAUCUUGUGUUGGGGACUAAUGUAGGCCUGGUGUAUUUGUGUAGUGGAGUUAUUUGGGGGUACAUGUUUGCAGCGGGAGCUCUUGAUGGCACUAUUACCAUUUUCCAGUUACCAAGAGUGGCAAAUGUACAGGGUAUUAACCCAUCAAAUGCUGGCAUUCUUGGUUCAAAGGGAAUAUCUGCAGUACAGCCAACUGUGAAACGCUUUACCGUUGGAAGUAUCCACAGUUCAAGAGUGACGAGCUUGACAUGGAGCAGAAAUGGCAUGCGAUUGUUUUCUGGUGAUACGCAUGGUGUUGUGUCGGUGAUUGACAUUAAUUACCAAACAAAUGAGUGUACUGCCAGGGAAUUAUUGAAAGAAAAAAGUAGUAUCACUCAGUUGUCAUACUCCUAUCAGCAGUUAGCUGUAUCCACCCUAGAGAGAGCCCUGAUUUAUAACGUAACACAAGGCAGUGUGCAGCAGGUAGGCUUGAAGCCCAGAAAACACCCAGGCUUGUUUGGAUGUGUGUGGUCUCCUACAGUCUCAAGUGCAGACACUGUUCUUUAUACCUCAAGACCUGGGUUACGCCUCUGGUCAGCCAAUAGUCAUGGCGAAGUCAUGCAUACACACAUAAUCAAGGAAUUGCCUGAUGCGGCUCAGAUGCAGCUUUUAAACCCUAGCCUGGAAAAGCCUAGGAAGGCGAAAGAUUUUCAUUUGGCAUAUUGUUCACACUUGGAACAUCUCACAUUGUUACUUAUAAUCCAAACUGGUUGUUGUGUUAACCUUUUGGGUAUUAAGUCAAAAAUCAUGACACAAGGUUCAGGUUUCCUUGACCAAAUUGCUCGCAUGAGCAGCAGCGUUGCUGCAAAAGUUCAGGAACAUGCUACUCCGACUAUUGUGACCGGCCAAAAUGGCAAGUGGCCAGCAUCACCAGAUUAUGAUAGUCCUCAGCUAGAUCCAGUUCAGCACAGGGCAGGAGCUUUGGCCCCCCAGAGGUCUUCCUCUUCUGGAAUGAUACAGGAACCACAACAACACUCCUACUCCCCAAGUCUGAUACCUCCCAGGAUGGUUCAGUCGGUCAGCAGUUUCUUCCCAUCUCUUAUCUCUUCCCAGUCCUUGGUCAAGACUUUUGGCAAAACUCCUCACGAUGAUGUACCCGUGCCGGGGAAGUACUACAAAACAAUUAAAUCAUAUAAAACACUAGGUGUGACCUUCAAAAGUAUGGUCGGCAUGUUCAAUACUACAGCUUGGGGAGAGUGUGAAGUUCUUGGGGAUCUGGAGGAGAUUGUCACAAGCUAUCAGAUUGUUGCUCAAGAGGGAGCAGACGCUGAACCCUUAGUUAUGAGAGACAAGUCAAAGAAAAAAAGCAAGAGAAGAUAUGAUGCAACACCAUCACCAGAUACCAUGAGCAUUAACAGCUACAGAUCCACACAGUCAGAUGUGAGUGAUGCUACUAGCAGUGAACUUCCUUCCAGUCCUUCAACGGCUCUUUCUCACAGCUCUGUCUCUCCAUCUCAUCGAGCAACCCCACAGGAUUUGUCAACUACACUCACUGAGUGCAGCAACUUACAAGCAGUGGAAGAUAAUGGGGAAGAAAGAGCAGAAGUUGAUGGUGGCAGUAGGGAGUGUAGAGACGCUAAAGAUCAUGCUCAGACUUCAGAAGAUGAGCAGGAACUUGGUGCAGAAGGAAGCAGUGACAAAGGAGAGAGUAACAGUCGUGAUACUGAAUUCGAUUUAAAGAGUGUAGAUAACAGAACAUAUGAAGACUUCAAAUCUAACAUAGAACAAAAGGAAAGUUUGUUAGCAGAGAUUCUUAAUCUUGGGUGCCUGAAGAUGGACCAUGAGAGUGCAAACAAAGGGGAAAAAAAACUGUUUGAGACUGAGAGUCGCCAUGGGAUUGAUAGGGAGCUUAGCUUUGAAAGUGGAGGAUGCUCAACCCCAAGCACCGUGAAGGAACAAUCCCCAGUACCAGAUGGACCAGUGUAUGAAGAUUUUUUUGCUCAGUUCUAUUCAGAAAAUAGUUUUAGUUCUUUUGAGAGUGGACCAGAUUCAUCUAGUCAGAAAGUACAUGAUUCCAAUGUAGAAAACAAUUUUGAUGGAAAUUCACUAGGCAGCAAUGAUGGAGGAGAAAGAAUUGAGAGUAACACCAGUGAGGAUCGGCUGAGUUGUUUGAGCUAUGGCCCUCCUUCAGGGAGUAGUCAUGUGUCUCUUCCUGGAAAUAGGUUCCAUACUGAAAGCCAAGAAAAUGGUACAAAUGAACCUAGAACUAUGAUAACAGUGACAGACUCAUCAGAAGUGGCAGAUAUAAGUUGGUCAUACUCAACAGUGGAAUUUCAAGAUAAUCAUGAGUAUGAAAAUGAGGAAAUGACAGGUGGUUGGAUAAAACAGAAAAUUCCAAGCAGUGUGUUCAGUUUGAGUGUCUCUGAGAAUACAAUAACUUUCCUGGAUGAUUGUGGUUGUUUGUACUUUAAAAAUGUUAGUAAUGAUUCGAGUAGUCAGGCUUGGAGAAAGGUAAAGUUGACUUCUAAAGUAACAGAUAUAUCGCUCUCUCCAAAUAAUUCUGUUCUUUGGAUACGUUCUGAUGGCCAUGCAUAUGCUGUUGGAUCUCCAGCCCUAGAAGUGGUUUCACCUACCAAGAUGUCAUUAGCAGCUCGUAAUGUGAAGCAGAUGAGCAUCGACGAUGAAUUGGCUUGGUACAUACGAGAGGAAGGACAGGUUUGUGUGCAGCUGGGACUGAGCAGCCGAAGUCCAUGUGGUGUCGAAUACACCAUAUCAUGUAAGGAGUUCCAGCUGGUCAAAGUUGUUUGUCAUGCAAGAGUGGUGUGGGGGCUGACUGAGAGAGGACAGGUGGCCUUCAGAAUAGGAGUGAGUACCCAGUCCCCAAUGGGACAUGAAUGGGGCCUGAUGAAGAGCCAAGGACUGAAGGUCAAGGAUCUUGCACUGGGACCUGGCAAUUGGGGCUGGAUUGUAGACACGCAUGGCAAGGUCUAUUUCCGGGCUGGUGUCUGUGCUGAAAAUCCUCAGGGAAGGGAUGCAAAGUGGUGGCAGGUUGCUACAAGUGACUACAUGAUGGAACAAACCAGUGAACUAGGAUCUGCUAUGAUAAGUUUGUCUUCAAAAGGAAUCUAUUUAGCAGAGAGAGGGAAGAACUAUGUAUACAACCAUAGUACAGAUGUGAGAGGUCAUGUUUGGAAUGUAUUUAGUAAAGAAGUUUGGUCAACUGUAUGUGCAGAAGGUGUUUACAUGGAUCAGGGUGCUAUCUGCUGCCUGUCCCCAAAGGGGCAGCUCUUCAUUGUCAACCCCAACACUUCUAAUUACGUGCCUCUAGAUGUGGCAGACACUGAAUGUGUAGUCAGUGUAGCACAGCGACCAGAAGCUAUAUGGGUCCUGACUGCCGCUGGGGAUAUUUUCAUCAGAGUUGGACUUUCUGCAAAUUCUCUUCAUGGCUCACACUGGGAACAGCUGGAUUUGCAUCAGAUUGGGGAUAUACAUCUAUGCCACCUAUCCUGUGGGACAGAAGUGGUCUGGGGUGUUGAUACUCGUGGAGGGGUGUACAUGCGACAGGGACCCUUAACACCACCCCCUGUUGAAUCCCUCCCUCCAGCCUGGAUACAAGUAGAUCCAACUCCUCUCAAAGGGAAUGCAGUGUUCACAAAGGUUUAUGUGGGGACAAAAUUACACAUGGUUUGGGCAUUAGAUUCAAGCCGACGUGUUUAUGUACGAGAGGCUAUCUUCCCUGAGUUACCCAUUGGCCUUUCUUGGGUGCCUGUUAUAGGUCUCCUAGCUCUACAUCUGUCCAUCAGUGAGAAUGACGUAUAUGCACUGACCCCCAAUGGUGAGAUUUUCAAGAGAAUUGGAGUCACAGAAACUAACUACAUUGGAGACGUGUGGGAGAAGGUACCAGGGAAUCUUGCAAAAAUAUCAGUAACAACAGAUGACCAUCUUUGGGGCCUCAACAGCAGUGGGUAUCUCUGUCAGCAUGAAAUGCUCACUGUAACUGAAAUGUGUCAGAAAGCAGCUUCAAGGAGUCGGGGUGUGUCAUUAGGCUCAGAAACAGAAGCUGAAGACUGGGAAAUGAUAUAACAGUUACCAAAUUUUAAAACUUGUGAUAAAUAGUUGGUAGUAUUUUUCUCUUGUGUAAAAUACUGCAACUACAUGAUUAAACCCUCCUAUUAUAUAUUGGUACUUUUUGUGACUGUGCUACAGUAGUAGUCUUGCAGUUUGUCAUUUUCUUAGAGUAUUAAAUGAUAUGCAAGGUUAUUUGCAUCUGGAGAAUUGCAUAUAGGAAUGCUUUUCUAUUAAAGCUCUCCCAUAUAGAAGAGAAGAAAGUCUCAGUUAAAUAGUCUUCAUAAAAAUUGUAUUUAUUUUAUAUAUAUACUAUAUCUGUGUGGUUGUUUAUUUUUGUAUAUAAUAAUAUUAUAAGACAAAGGUCAUUUUUGAACAACAGGUGUGUAAGAGAUUAUCUUGCUUAUAGAUCCAGCAUGGCGGUGUUAAAAUUUGGUAUGUCAUGGAUAAAGAAUAUAAAGAAUGAGAGAGGAAAUGUAACACAAUCUUUAGAUGUGAAUUAUUUGGAUCAGAAGGCUAUUAAAGAUAAAAUCUGCCAAAUAGUCAUAUAAAUAAACAUUUUAAUGAAAGUUCACAUACUCUAAAUAUACUACAUUAAGUAUAACACUCAUUAAGUCAUUCCAAGUUCAGCAUCAACUGAAAAUAAUUUCUUUACUGAUUUACAUACUUAUAACUAUUACAUUUUUUAGCUUUGGAUUUUUCACCAGCAAAAAUGAAUUAAUAUAACUCUUAUUCCCCAUCUCCUACAGAGAUAUAAAAUUGUGAUAACUACACAUUAAAGAAAUUAAUAAAGUCAGGUAGGAAUUUUGGCACUAAGAUUAAGCUCAGUAAUUCUCUUAAUGAAUUUAAAGGUGAACUAUGGUGUGAUAUUUGUGUUUUUUUGUAAAGUAAAUAAUAAUAAUUAUUAUGAUGAUUAUUACUAUAAUUAUUACUAAC